GAAAUCCGCAUUCACUCUCUCUAAUGAGGAAUCAGGUCGAUGGUGCUGAUACCUGUUAUCACCGAUACAACCAGAGAUAUUAUUUCACUUAUCUUAGAAUGGUGACCACUUGUGUCGUGCCUUGUUGCCGUAAACGAUCAGACAGAUGUCCUCAGUUACGUUAUUUCAGAAUACCAGCGGUACGGACAAAUGAGGGAAGCCUGACAAGAAAACUUAGUGACAGGAGAAGGGCUACAUGGAUAGCGAGGAUAAACCGAGCAAACUUCCAACCCACGGCUGCUCAUAGAGUCUGCUCUCUACACUUUGCAAAAGGUGAACCAUCUCAACUCUAUGAUCAAGCAAAUCCAGAUUGGGCCCCCUCAUUGAAGUUAGAAGUAACUUUGGAAGCCAUCACUCAUACUGACAAAGAAGAGGAAGUGGAACCUGAGCCUGCACCGAGUAGCCAUGGUGACGAGAAGCUUCAGAGCAAACAUAAGGACAACAGUCUGAAGUGUGUGGACCCACCUACCCGGCCCCUUUCCUGUGCUUCAGAGCCCAAUGGCGUUGAUUCGUCAGGUUUGGGCAGGAAUGGCAGAGACGAGUCAUCAGAAGUCGCCUCACUGAGGGGGUUACAUGUGAGGCUGGUGGACUGCCGUGACAGACUGGGACCACAUGGAGUUUUGAUCGUUAAAGAAGAUGGAGGUGAUGGCUCCCAGAUCCGUCAGAAUGGAGAUGACGCCUCUGCACCUAAAGAGGGAGUGAGGAGCUCGUGUGGGAAGCUGUUUCCCAGGGCAACCGAUCUUCACCAUCACAAGAGAACACACACCACUGAGAAGCCUUACCAGUGCUCGCAGUGUGACAAGCACUUCUCUCUCAGGUCGAACUUUAGGAAGCACCAGAGAGUGCACAGCGGAGAGAGACCAUACCGCUGCACGCAGUGUGGCGUGUCCUUCACUCAGGUGUCCAACCUGACGAGGCACAGGUAUCAGCACACUGGGGAGCUGCUUAACGUCUGCACUGUGUGUGGGAAAGCUUUCGCUCGACAGGACCUUCUCAAAAAACACAACCGAGUUCAUACCGGGGAGAGACCGUACGCUUGCACUCAGUGUCCAAAGUCUUUUUCGUGGGUUUCGUCGCUCAAACAUCAUUUGACUACCCAUGUGGAUCAGACUUCGAAGAACUUGCAGGGUAGCUUGUGUGUCCUCGAGGACCACCGGAGGCCCCCUGCAGGGGAAAAGCCUCAUCAGUGCUCACACUGUGACAAAAGCUUUAGUGGACAAUCUAGCCUCCGGGCGCAUCACAGGAGACACACAGGGGAGAAGCGGUGUCUGUGCCAGUACUGCGGUAAAACGUUCAGCGGGCCGCAGUCUCUUGCCGUCCACCAGCGCACGCACACCGGAGAGAGACCGUUCAAGUGCGUGCGGUGCGGAAAAAGCUUUGCCCAGUCGUCGGUGCUGCGUAGCCACGAGCUGCGGCACACGGGCGAACGGCCUCACGUCUGUGGAUCGUGCGGGCGGGCCUUCGUCCGUCGGGACUUGCUCAAGAAGCACCAGCGAGUGCACACCGGGGAGAAACCUUAUCACUGCGCCAUCUGCGGGAAUCGCUUUGGAUACCCGGCAAGUCUGAAGAAACACCUGAAGCAGGCGCACACCGUGGUGGUGGUGGAAAACCGCCGGUGCUCGCAGUGUGGGAUGAGGUUCACGACAACGCGGGAUUUCAGGACGCACGGGUGUGUGAUGACGAAGGGCGGUUCCGUUGAGAACGCUUUCGGCGGAUCGUUGCAAGAACUGGCUGAAGAGUUGGUGUUGCCUCUUAUUCAGGGAAACCCCAUGUGAUGCACUGAUGGUGAGGUGUGUUUUGUGUGGACUUGAUUGAUGCAUUUGCACUUAUGAAUACAAAUAAAUUAAUAUAAAAUCUCA